AGCACAGUUCACCAAUCAUCCCGGUCAGCGACGGCGCAAAGGAAGCGAAAUAAAGAAAAUGACCAAAAAGGAACAAGCCAGGUCAACAUCCAAGCCUUAAGAUGAGCGUCACAACUCUGUCUUACCUUGAGGGAGCUCAGUUUACUCGCCGCGGUCAAGGUGGAUGGCACGCUGGCCAGCCUUCCUGUCACCGUCAAUACACCUGUGAAAGCCCGUGUAAUUGAAGGCACAAGCACUUCAUUUUCGGCGUGUGGGGUUGUUUCCUGUUGCAAGCGCCGUACGAAUCGUGAUGGCACCAAAAGGAGAUUUAUAAAGGCAGUGUUUGCAGAUGACAUAGCACAGGUGCGGGACCGCUGGACAGAACCCGAAGAUCAGAUUUAGAGAUUGUGGGUCGUGUGUAAACGUCUUUCUAGUGAUUGUUAGAAAUCCGUCACUGAGGAGAGUGUGAUUACAUCGGAUACGAACAAAAGAAGUUGAUUAGAUGAACAUAUUCCAGAGCCUGUAUAAGGAGGACUGUGAACCUUCCCCCUGAGUGCCGGGCUCGCUGUUAGUGAACGAGAGAGAGAGAGAGUGAGUUGACACUUGGCCCCACACACCAGGAUAACAACGUGCCAAAACCCGGUCGUCUCGGAGCGAACGACGGACAGUUAGCGCGAGAGCUCGAAGGGAGUUGCGUGGGAAGGUUGUACGAGGUGGUCGACUCAAGACAGGGGACCCAGAAGGCUCGAGGAGAGAGCGGCCGCGACCCUCCGACCAGAAUCCCAAUUGCUUCGAGAUUCGCAGCAGCACCUUUGCCCCAGACGCUCCGGAGGUCAAGCGGUCUCGCAUACCUCCGGCGGGAGAAAGACCAUGAGGAGGUAGCAGCAGGAGGACGCCAUCAGGAGGUCGGAGAGGUUCCUUCGGGCGGUUAGGAUGGAGUGGCGGGGAUGGAGGGCGAGGCUGGUGGUGAUGGCGGUGGCUUAUCUCGCCGGCGCCACGGAAGCCAUGCGGGAGGAACAGCGCCUUGAGGAAUCGGACAAGUUCAUUGGCUACGACGAACUGGUGGAUGCCACUGACAGGUUUAGCAUCACAGGCGUCAGGAACUACAGCGAGCUCCUCUUCGAUCCAACUAGCUUCCAGAUCGUCGUUGGCGCCAGGGACCACGUGUUUCGGCUGAGCAUGGUCGGCUUGCAGAUGCUGGAGGCGUCGGACUGGGCGGCGAACAAGAGCACGGUGGAGACGUGCACGCUGAAGGGCCAGAGCCAGGACGCGUGCCAUAACUUCGUCAGAGUCCUGCACCUUCACCGGGGCAGAGUGCUCGUCUGUGGCACCAACGCCUUCAGCCCCCUGUGCACCUGGAGGAGAUUAUCAAACAUCCAUCAUAUCGAGUCAUGGGACAAGGGCGUGGCCAGAUGCCCUUUCAACCCCACCCACAGCGUGACAUCACUGCUUACAAUCGAAGGUGAUCUGUAUGUGGGAACGCCCACCGAUUUCUCAGGUCGAGAUUCAGCCUUCAUGCGCUCCCUGGGCCCGGGAGAGAGACUGCGGACGCACCAGUACGACCUGAAGUGGCUUUCCGAACCAACCUUCAUCACCUCGUUCGAGUCGUCCGGCUUCGUCUACUUCAUCUUCAGAGAAAACGCGGUCGAGUACCUGAACUGCGGGAAGCGCGCACUCUCGAGGAUCGGACGCGUGUGCAAGAAUGACUCGGGAGGGAUGCGCGUUCUCAAGGACAACUGGACGACGUUCCUGAAGGCGCGCCUCACGUGCACGGUGCCCGGAGACUUCCCCUUCUCGUACGAUUAUGUCCAGAGUCUCACCUACCUGCCGAGGGAACAGAUGCUCUACGGGGUCUUUUCGACGGCAGAGAACAGCAUUGUAGGCUCAGCCGUGUGCGUGUAUACCAUGAGCGCAGUCAACGCCUCCUUCGACGGGGCGUUCAAGUACCAGCCGUCGCCCUCGUCGGCGUGGGUGCCCGAGACGGCGGACCAUCACCACUUCCGGUGCGAGGGAUCCGGCACCAGCACGGAGGCCGAUUUCGCGGCUGACAAGUUCCAGCUGAUGGAUAAGCCUGUUGUGCCGAGAAGCGCUGAUCCUCUCUAUAUUCUGAAUGGAGAAAGACUAACUCACGUGGCUGUGGACGUGGUCGCUACACGCCAGAGUGGCAGCAUCCACGUGGUGUUUGUGGCCGGCGAAGGAGGCCUUAUACGCAAAAUGAGCGUCGUCCCUGAUACGGAACACACCUGUCUACUAGAAGUCCUUUCUCCGUUCCCGCAGAAUUCUACUAUAAUUAUACAUACCCUCAAAUUCCUUAAAGAUACUAAUUCACUCUACGUAGGCACAGAUAGUGAGGUGAUCCGUGUGCCAGUACACAGAUGCGGCAGAUACAAAACGAAGGCUGCGUGCUUGGCCGCGAAGGACCCCUACUGUGGCUGGGACACCAACAGGCUGGAGUGCUCUCCCCCUCCUGGCAAGAACCCCUUCGUGCCUUCGUGGGUGCAGGAGGUGAUAGAAUGUCCUCAAACUACAGAUCCAGUUGACGGAGGUUGGGGCCGCUGGUCGUCGUGGUCUCCAUGCAAGCAGUCAGGCUCCAGCGACCCGUGCAUGUGUCGCCACCGAGUGUGUGACUCGCCGCACCCGGCCCGUGGAGGCGCUGAGUGUGUUGGUGCCAGGACAGAGGUCUCCAACUGCACGGUGCACGGUGGAUGGACUGCCUGGUCGUCCUGGUCCCAGUGUUCCGCAACGUGUGGCAUCGCCGUCAAGACGCGCCGCAGAACGUGUUCCAACCCGGAGCCGAAAUACGGAGGUCGCGUCUGCGUGGGGCAAGAGCGCACCGAAAUCUACUGCCACACCCUCCCGCACUGCCCUUCUUACACGGCCCUCCCUGUGGACGGCGGCUGGAGCGAGUGGGGAUCCUGGAGCAGAUGUACCGCUACCUGCGGAACUGGAAUCCGGAGAAGAAAGCGUUCCUGCACCAGGCCCGUCCCCAAGAACGGAGGCGCUUCUUGCACGGGGUGCGGGGAGGACGUCGAGACCUGUGGGGAUUGGUCUUGCCCGGAGACCAGGAAGCUCUCAUCGUGGACCCCGUGGCUGGCACUCAAUGCUUCGGGGGACACGAGCAUCCAGAAGCGGUAUAGGAUCGAAUGCAUAGCCACAGGGGACCGCGACAAUCCUCUCCGCACUGGCAGUCUGCGUCAAGAAGAGCGUGUCUGUGCCCACGGCCGUUGUUACAAUUCGCACGACUCUAUCGACAGCAGCGGAGGAUGGUCGGACUGGGGCGAAUGGACCAAGUGCGACGAGCCCUGCGACGGCGGCAGGCAGUUACGCCACCGCACAUGCACCAGCGGCACGUGCACAGGGACCUCCACUUUAGAGAGAACCUGCAAUGAGCAUGCCUGCAGGGGGCUGUGGACGUGCUGGAGCGAGUGGAGUUCUUGCUCUUCUUCCUGUGGACCCGGAAUCCGGCAGAGGACGCGGCGAUGUACCGCCUCACAUAACGCCUUUGUGGAUGCCUCAGAAUGUAUUGGGUCACACACCAGUCAGGAGCCCUGUGAACAAGUGCCAUGUGAAGGUGAGGAGGGAUGGGGCCCGUGGGCGCAAUGGUCUUCCUGCAGGGACGGAGAAGAGAGGGUCCGUCGACGCCAUUGCCUGUCCGACCAGCCCAGCCAGUGUCGCGGACUUGACCAACAACGGCAGUCAUGCCAGGAACUUGAUGCUGACAUUACAGUUGUGGAGGCAGCCGUAUUGAGUGCCAGUGGGGAAUCCAAUUCAGGCGGAGUAUCAGUGCAAACACUCGUAGGAUCUUGUCUGGCAUGUCUGCUGCUGGGCGCCCUCCUAGGGUCCCUUGCGACGUAUCACGUUUGUGUCCGACGGCGACACAGGAGAGUGCCUUCGUCCCCUCACUACAUAUCAGCCAAACCGAACCACUACGUGAGUGUCCCGGGAGCGGACUGGAAGGGGGACCAGUCGCCCGCGAGCACGCUCAAAAACGGCAGCAUCAAGAAUGGCUUGCGGGCAGCCAUCACGACGCUGCCUCUGAAGGAGUUCGACACGGCCACCAUCAAGAGGUCCAGCCAUGGCUCCUACGGCAACGGCCACCUCAGAGCCGACCUCGAUUCUGAUACUAUAUUUAACUUCUAACGGAAAUGACUUGCUACGUCUUCAGUCGUACUUGGUGCUAGAGGGCCUCUGCAAAGGCCGCCUCUCCCUUUAUGUGCUUAUGACACAACACCUUAUUGUGAUAUUUGCUGUAAUACUUAAGUAAUGCUGUGAGCUAGUGUGGUAUCCUGCUUGUGAAUGGGGACUAUUACUGCAUUAUUUGCAUGUAUGCGUGUAUAUAUACAUAUAUGUGUGCAUAUCUCUUUGUACAUACAGUUUCUAUAUGUGUGUGUGUCGAUGUAUUUAUAUAUGUAGAUGUGUGCAUUUGUGUGUAUGUGCGUAUGUGUAUGGAGAGAAAACGAGAUAGAAAGAAAAAGAGAGAGAAAAAAAGAGAGAGUUGCGUGUAUGUGUGUGCGCACGCCCGCGCGUGUGUGUGUGUGUGUGUGAUGUGUGUGUGUGUGUGUGUGUGUGUGUGUGUGUGUGUGUAUGUGUGUGUGUGAAUUUGUGUGUGUGUGUGUGUGUGUGUGAAUUUGUGUGUGUGUGUGUGUGUGUGUGUGUGUGUGUGUGUGUGCGCGCAUAUAUGCAUAACACCAUAUUCAUACACAUAAUGUACGUAAAUGUGUUCAAAUGUGUACGUCCAUAUACACAUAUAUAUGUAUAUAUUGAUUUAGUACUAAACUAAUUAUGAAUGCCUGAGAAUCUAGUUCAUGAUGUAUAUAUUCUUCGACGAGCGUAAACAGACGUGAAUUCGUGAAAUUGCAGAUAUGUUUUGAAUGUCACUGACAGUUUUCCUAGCAAUGAAAAACAAGCACCGGUGUUCUCUUGGGACAGAAAUGGAGGGCAGUGUAAGUGAAUAAACUUGAAGAAUCGUUUGAGGACACGAUGGAUUAUAAGACAAACAUACCGUCUCCUCAUGAAAGUAUUCACCUUCCAAACACGUUCUACAUCUGAAAAAAAAACAGAAAAAGAAACACAGUUAUACCAUUUAUUGUGCGAAUAGAAACUAGGCAUUAAAGAGACACCAGACUUUUGCUAUUCUGAGAAUUCUGAAUUAUGUGCAAUUGCUAUAGAUAUCUGAAAAAAACAAACUUUCGCUCUGAAGUCUAGUCAAGCCAUAGUAACGGUGAACAUAAUGACAUGGAUUGUACAUGGUCCUGGAUGUAUACAUUUUUAUUAACUUUUUUACAAGGCUUUUUGUACUUUGUGCCAUAUUUUCGAUGGGAAAAUAUACUUUUUUAUAUUUUGAAUUAGCAUAAAGAAUUUAAAUGGUA